UAUAUAUAUAUAUAUAUAUGUAGUGUAUCUAAUUUUCGUGUGUUUCAUAGAAGAACCAGAAGAAAAGCAAGGAGAGAAACCUUCAUUGAUGGAGACCAAGGCUUAUUAUGAUGAUUUCGAACCCUAUUGCUUAUGGGAAACAAAGGAAACAUACGACAUUCUCAAGAUUUAUCUUCAAGGUUUUCAAAUGGAGCAUAUAAAAAUAGAGAAGAAACCCAAUGGUGAAAUAAUCAUUAGUGGGGAACGUCCUUAUUCUUAUUCUGGUGGAUCUUCGAACCGCAUAAAACGCUUUAGUAAAGACAUAAGAGUUUCACCAAAAGAAUACGACUUGAGUGAGCUUGAUGUCAAAUUUGAAGGUCUUUAUCUCUGCAUAACUAUGCCUAAAAAGGCUAAGGCUAACCCCAUAUUUGUCGAACAAAUUAUUAGCUUAAAGCAUCGAUGUCGGAAAGCUCAUAGUGAGAUUGCCAAAAAGAGUAAAGCUAUCAAAGUUUUGGUGGCAGUUUCAUUAGGAAUGGCUCUUGGAGUGUUCUUGGCAUUCAAGUAUUCCAAGAAGUACUCUUAUGAGGAAACUAUAGACUAAAUUGAGGAAACUAUAGAAUAAAUUGAUAAUAAUGUAUUUACUAAUAUUAUAUAUAUAUAUACGUGUGGCUUCAUUAACAAAUGUAAAUAAAGUAUAUACUUCAACAAGCCAUUAUAGUAUUUAAUUUCUUUGCAA